AGAGAGAGUCUCAUUUUGCACCAGCUUCAACACCAUGCUGAGGUUUCACCAAAGUCGCCCACUUUGGAGGGCUCCAAAAGCUCCUUUUACUAGGAUCAUCUUCUUGCUGGUUUUGGGGUCCACUGUUGACAGCCAGCCCCGCUGCUACCACACCAAAGUGAAUUCUCUGCUGGUGGCCAAUUGCCAAGCUCAAAGACUCAAGCGAGUCCCUGAAACGGACAGCUCCCUUCAAGUCCUCUUGCUGAACUUCAACUUCUUAUCCAACAUCUCAGAUUCCUCCUUCUCCCAAAUGCCGUCCCUGAGGAUGCUGUCUCUUGGGAAGCAACUGGGAGGAUCCCUCUAUGUCGGAGAAAGGGCAUUUCAGAAUGUGCCCAGUGUCAGGAUCCUGGAUCUUGGUGGCAACAAGAACUUGACCUUGCACCCAGCUGCUUUCCGCGGCCUCACCCAGCUUGAGGUGUUGCUCUUGGAUUUCAAUGGUUUUGACGAAGAAGUACUGGAAAGUGGUUAUUUCCAGGAUUUGGUAUCACUGAAGAGGCUGGAUCUUUCCGGAAACCGCAUCCAUAGGCUGAGGCCUGAUCCAACUUUCCAGGGCCUGAGGAAGCUGAGCGUCCUUCAGCUGAAGCUCAACCAAAUUGGGGAAAUCUGUGGGGAAGACCUACAGCACCUUAGGGGGCACCAUUUGGCCUUGCUUGACCUCUCAUCCAACCGACUGCUUAAUCCCAAUGCCUGCACCAACCCUUUCUUCAGCAUCGUGCUGGGAACUCUGGACGUCUCUUCGAACUCAUGGAAUGCGAUGGAAGCUCAGAAGUUCUUCACACGACUAAAUGGCACUCGAAUCCAUAACCUCAAGAUGCAGCACUCAGCCGCCCUUGGCAGUGGGUUUGGUUUCCGUAACCUCAAGGGCGUCUCGCCUAGCACCUUUCUUGGCCUCCGUGGCAGCGGAGUUUACUCCUUCGACAUGUCCAAUGGCUUCCUCAGGGAAUUGGGCCCAUCUGUCUUCUCGGGGCUCCCAGACCUCAACAUCCUGCUGUUGAGAUCCAACCAGAUUACUGAGAUCAAGGAUGGGGCCUUUUCUGGGCUGAGCCAAUUGCGUAUUCUCGACCUGUCCCUCAAUCUGCUUGGGGAGCUGUACACAGAAGCCCUGCGACCCCUGAGGUCAUCCCCACUCCAGCACCUCAUCCUGAAAUCCAACCACCUUGGGAUUGUUCAACACGAUGCUCUGGUGGGGCUGAACUCCUUGCAAACCCUUGACCUCCGGGACAAUGCUCUCGUGAGGGUCCCGGUGGGGAAACUCCCAUCCCUUCUGCGCCUGAUGCUGGGGCAAAACAGGAUUGGGGAUGCUUGGGGUCUUGAACGUCUUAGCAGCAACCUGACCCACCUUGACUUCUCCUCCAACCGCCUGAGUGACUUAGGGAGUCUCUGGGGUCAACUAGGGAAAAACCCCACCUUGCGUUUCCUGAAUCUCUCAGGCAAUCAGCUGGCAAAGUGCUUCAGGGCUGAGAGAGGCCCUAGGCAGCUCAGAGAACUAGAUAUUUCCCAUAACGACCUGGGAAGCAUCUGGAAAACAGAGAACUGUGUGGACAUCUUCCAGCAUUUGGAGAACCUAAGAGUCCUGAAUCUCAGCUCCAAUGGCCUUCGGGCCCUUCCUGAGGGACUUUUCCAGGGUCUGGUGUCUCUCCAGACUCUGAAUCUUUCUGACAACCUCCUGCCCAUCAUUCCUGAGGAGGCAUUCCUCAGCUUGAAAUCCUUGCGCAGCCUUAGCCUCCAUGGGAACCCCAUAGUGACCCUCUCCCACUCUACAUUUGAGCCGCUGGUGCAGCUGCAGUCAUUGGACCUGAGCGAGUUGUCCUUGCUGUGCGACUGUGGGCUUUCUGACUUCCAGCGUCUGAUGCAGGACAAAGACUCCAGGCUGAGUGGAGCUGUGGCCAAUCUCCUGUGCAUUCAGACCAGCCCUGAUUUCCUGCAUCUCUCCUUGUCCUGGUUCCUCCAGAGCAAGUGUGCCCAAUAAUAUGUUACGAUCCAAUAUGGGGUUUGGGAUGAAGAACAAAAUCUUAU